UCUUGGCCGUAGGCAUGCCUUCCCUGUAAUGUCUACUACUACUACUUACCAUACGCCAUCUACAUCAUCAUCAUUCCGAUGCGGUGGUCCCUUCGUCUCGGCUACCCUCCACUCCUUCGGUGGUGAAAUUGUCGUUAAAGAGGCGCUACCUACCGGCAAGUGGGAUGAUGACGAGGCCCUCAAGGAGCGCUUCCAGAAGGCUGGUGCUGUUGGCAUCGACUUUGAAUGGAAGCCUGAUAAGACUCCUGCUACCAAUCACCCCAUCUCGCUGGUCCAGCUCGCCACCGAGGACCUCGCGUUGCUGAUUCGGACUAACACUCAUCAUGUAUUGCCGCAGUGGGUGCGCGACCUCCUGAACGACCCGAAGAAGGCCAAAGUCACUAUUGGCUUUGAUGUUUCUGAUCACGCGAAACUGCAAUUCACGUUUGAUUUGGAGUGCAAUAACGUCAUCGACUUGUACGAAAUUAGUAAGAAAAACCGCAGUGUUCCUCGUGGUGGUUUGAAGCGCAUUGCGCAUCAUUUUGGCUACUUCCUGCGCAAGGACAAGAAGAUCUCGAUGAGCGAUUGGUCCGCUACGGAGCCUCUCAGUGACAUCCAAAUUCAUUACGCGGCUGAUGACGCUUUCUUUCCACUUCUGCUUGUGGCUGAGCUGGGCGGCCUAUUGAAUUCAGGCGUGAGGAUGGAGAGUCUCAAGGAAAACGUGAAGGUUGUUGAUAAUAAGGACAAAUACGAUGCUAUGGUUAAGAAGAGGGCGACAGUGGUAGACACUUUGAAGACGGACAGAAGUCAGCAGAGCAUAGACGGUUGGGCUGCAGCUAGUCGCGUUGAGCCUGGCAUCGAUCGGGACUUCCUAUUGUGCAAUAGAGAUGUAUUUGAGUGGCGACGAAAGGAUAAAGUCCUUCAAAUUCGACUUCGUGCUGGUGGGCUGGGCCUCGAGGAGAGCUCUUCUGAAUCGGAGGAGGAUGACGCUGAAGGCGACUUUGGCGUUUUGAAAAAGCGCCUCGCGCAAAAGCUAGUCGCCGAAUGGGUUCCCGAAAACGUGCUAACGGCCAGCUCUAGCAAACGCGAGAGAUUUCGUCAAGAAGCAUUGUCCCAUCCGGAAGAAAUCGAGGCGUGUUUCGAUGGCGAUUUUUCGCGCUACAUGUUCCGUCUGAGGCACCACCCAUUGGCGGCUGACAGGAAGGCGGUAGUGGAUAAAGUGGCCAAGUUCAUGGAGAUGACGCCUGAUGAAGUGGAGGCUCGCAUAGAAGGGGACGAGAAGCUGCAGGCGUGCAUGGAGAGGCUGGAGACGGCUAUGGUCAAUACGGCUUCGGAACGGAGCGUGGUGAUGGGCUUGGUGGCUCGCUUCACAGUGCUUGCGGAUGGUGAAUGUAAAGAUAAAGAGUAUAAGCGUCUGUUAACGCAGUGGAUCAAGGCUCUGUGUGAUGAGCGCAAGGAUGCCCCUAGUAUACGGGAGGAGAUGAAGAAGAGGCUCGCUGAGGUGCGAGGGGACGAUGAAAAGCCGCCCGUAAAACGUCAACGUACUGACUAGUUUACUUCCCAAUCACUGAACGUUUCUACCAG